UGGAGGCAGCUGAACAGACGCUAACUGGAACUUGGGGAACCCCUUAGAAGGGCGCUUAGCGUAGGAGCGCGCAGACGCGUCCGCAACAUAGCCCGCCUCUCUGCGCGCUAUGCAAAUUAGUCGAGGGCGUGGCUUCGCGCUGUCUCUGGGGCUCUGCGUCUGGUUGCGCGUCAGGGGGCGUGGCUCCGCGCUUCGGGGGAAGCCCUGGGGGCGGGGCUGCACUGGCCGACGUCCUGCUCGAGGGGCGGGGGGACCCGGGAGGGGCCCUGAAGGGAUCCCUGCAGGUCUGGGAGGCGAGUGCGCAGGCGCGGGGGCUCAGUCCCUAGCAGUUUUGUGGUAGCUGUGAGAAGGAAGACGCAGAAGAGAAACAGCACUCUGCCUCAAUCUCUGAAUGUGGACCAUCCAAGGCAGGAGGAAAGGAUGCCUGCAGCCCGAGGGAAAUCAAAAUCCAAGGCACCAGUGACUUUUGGGGACUUAGCCAUCUACUUCUCACAGGAAGAAUGGGAAUGGCUGAGUCCCAUUCAGAAAGAUUUGUACGAAGAUGUCAUGUUGGAGAACUAUCACAAUCUGGUCUCAGUUGGUCUUGCCUGCAGGAGGCCAAAUAUCAUCGCCUUGUUGGAGAAAGGGAAAGCACCAUGGAUGAUGGAGCCAUCAGGAAGGCGCUGGGGUCCUGAAUCAGGGUCUAAGUAUGAGACCAGGAAGGUUCCACCAAAUCAAUGUAACAAAUCUGGGCCAAGCAUCUGUAAGAAACCAAUUUCUUCACAACAAACAGUUCCCACUGAGAAGGCAAAACAUAACAAGAAUUCAGUCUCAAGAAAACCCAAGAAAGAGCACUCAGGCAAGAAAUCUUUAAAGUGUAAUCGAUGUGGGAAAACCUUUUUUCGAAGCUUAUCUCUUAAACUUCAUCAAGACUUUCACACUGGAGAGAGGUCUUAUGAAUGCAGUACUUGUAGACAAGUUUUCAGGCAGAUCUUAUCCCUCAUUCUUCAUCAGAGAGUUCACAAUCGGAAUAAGAGCUAUGAAUGUGAUAAGUGUGGGGACAUUUUUAAUAAAAAGUUAACUCUUACGAUACAUAGAAGAAUUCACAAUGGAAAGGAAAAUUUUCAUCAUGAGAAUGCCUCAGAUUCAUGCCCUUCUCUCAGUCUGGACCACAAUAAUCACACGGCUCACAGCACUCACCAGUGCAGGAAGUGUGGGAGAGUCUUCAGCCGGAGGUCAUCCCUUCUACUUCACAAGAGGACUCACAACAGAAAGAAAAUACAAAAAUACGAUGACUACGGGAGAGGCUUCAAAAAGAAGCCAGUCCUUGUUCGUAAAAGAGUUUGUAUUGGGAAGAAAACUCAUGAGAGUAAAAAGGCCUUAAUUCAGAGUCUUGGGCAAAAAACUUGCCAGUCAGAAAACCCUUUUAUGUGUAGGAAAUGCGGGAAGUCCUUUAGUAGGAUCUCAGCCUUAAUGCUUCAUCAGAGAAUUCAUACUUCAGGGACCCCCUACAAAUGUGAUAAAUGUCAGAAAGACUUUGGACGGCUCUCCGCUCUUAUUCUGCACCUAAGAAUUCAUAGUGGGGAGAAGCAGUUUAAGUGCAGCAAGUGUGAGAAGGUAUGCAGUCGCCUUUCGUCCUUUAUUCAGCACCAGAAAAUUCAUAAGAGGAAAAAGAAACUCAUCGAGUGCAAGGAAUGUGGAAAGAUGUUUGGUGGAAUGAAAAACCUUAAAGUACAUCUCAACAUCCAUUCGGAAGAGAAACCUUUCAAGUGCAAUAAAUGUAGUAAAGUUUUCGGCCGCCAGUCAUUUCUUAGUGAGCAUCAAAGAAUUCAUACUGGAGAGAAGCCCUAUCAGUGUGAAGAAUGUGGGAAAGCAUUCAGUCACCGAAUAUCUCUUACCCGACAUAAGAGAAUUCACAGUGAGGACAGACCUUAUGAGUGUGAUCUGUGUGGGAAAGCCUUCAGCCAGAGUGCUCAUCUUGCGCAGCAUGAAAGAAUUCACACCGGAGAGAAACCUUACGUGUGCAAAAUAUGUAAAAAGUCCUUCACUCAGCGCAUAUCCCUCAUUCUACAUGAAAGAAGUCAUACUGGGGAGAAACCCUAUGAGUGUAAUGAAUGUGGGAAGGCUUUCAGUAGUGGCUCAGACCUUAUCCGACAUCAGAGAAGUCAUUCUUCAGAGAAACCAUAUGAAUGUAGCAAAUGUGGUAAGGCAUAUAGUCGGAGUUCAUCUCUGAUUCGACAUCAGAGUAUACAUUCGGAGGAAACAUCCUAAAGCUAUCGCCAUAUCUGCAAAAGCUAAAAAGGAUAUCAAAGAAGUAUUCAGAGACAUGGAGAGAGUGUGUAAGUGUUCUUGACCUUAUGAUGAUGUAUAACUCAUCAUGUGGUACUAUGAGUCCCAUAAACUCAUCGUAAGUUGAGACAUUUGAGACAGAAUAUAUAUUUAAUAUACCUGACCUACCAAAUGUGAUCAUUUAGCAGCACAGCGUAAUGUGGAGUCCCAGUUGUUCACUCUCCUGACUGUAUGGCUCCUGGAAGCUAUGGCCUGAUCCUGCUGCCCAGCAUCAUGAGAGUUAUCAUCCUGCUUAUCCUCAGCCUCCGGAAGGAUCACAAUUUGACCUAAUUCCUAGUUGAAUGGAUAUUGCUUCUGUACCAAUAAUGCUGAAAAAUCAUAAAUCGGCAAUCAUUAAUUGGAGGGAGUGAACUACCUGCCAAUAACGUGUUUUGUGUAUAUAGGGCCAUGUUAUGGUAUUCUCCCUUUGAAAGCCAAAGAACAAAAAUAGUAGAUUUUGAAGUGAAGGUCUGAAAUCAGCUGAGUAUGCUCAGAUUUUUGGAUCACAGUUUGCGAAUGAAGGUGUUUUUCAGUUGGCAUUUCAUUUCUAGUACAGUGUUCAGGACAUAUCAUUGGAUACAUACCAUGAAAUGGAACUGGAACUACAAAGUCCAUUUUUUCUGGAUGGAGCUUUGAGCUCGAAUUGAGGUCCCAGGAAAAUAGAGUGUUAAGUCUAACAGGCAAAUCGGGGAAGGCAGGGUGCCUCUUUCUCCUGACAGAUCUGUGUUGGGGUGAGAGUGAAAAGAGUUAGUCUUUAGGUUGCUAGAGAUAGUAGUUAUGGUGGUCACACUGCCUCCAUGGUUCUAAAGAUACACUUGGAAAAUUUACUAAGACAGGCUGGGGGUUUGGGCAGGAGAUACUGAAGAAUGAGGAACUUCAGAGCAGGGAGAAGCUAUUUUUACUUUUUUUUACUUGAAAAUAAGUCAUCUAUAUUUAUAUAAGUGAACAGUGUUUUCAUGCAGUACUGCUAGCUGCUUUACUUACUCUUGAGAUAUGUAUUCGGGUUUUUAUGGUCUGGAUAUUUGUGCCACCCCAAAAGUCCUAUGUUGAAGCCCUAACCCUUCAAUGUGAUGAUAUUUUACAAGGAGAUUACUGGAGUUGUGGUGCGGAUGGGCCCUUUUGAUGUUUAUUGAUCGGAGACAACAGAGGGCGCUGUCUCCUUUCCCAUGUAAGAACACAGGCAGGCCAUCUGCAAACCAAGAAAAAAGCCUUAGCAGAACCUGACCAGUUUGAUACCCUCAGCUGGGACUUCCAGCUUGUGGAGGAACUGUGAGAACCUAAUUGUCUUCAGCUUGUCUGUGAUACUGUGUCACAGCAGCUCAAGCUGAUUGGUUCAUGGAAGAGCUCCUAGGUUAAGGUACUGGCGGUUUUCCUUUGACCUGUCCAACACAUCCCGCUUUCCAGCAUCUGUAAGCUAUAUAAGAAAUAAAGUCUGAGUUCUUCUGUGUGCUUAGAUCGUAUA